ACCCACAAGGCCAAAUCUGGGAGGAAUAUCCACGACGCGAGUUUUAGGGUUUAUCGAUCCAGCCCAGCCAUGGCGGAGCUGCUGCUCUUCGAGGACAUCUUCACCAUCACCGGCAUCGACACCGACGGCAAGAAAUUCGACAAAGUGUCUCGCAUCGAGGCCCGGAGCGAGCAGUUUGAUAUGCAGCUCGUCCUGGACGUGAACAUCGACGUCUACCCCAUCGCCAGGACUGACAAGUUCACGCUCGCGCUCUCCUCCACCCUGCGAUUGGAUGGAACUCCAGACGAUGGCGUCUUCGACCAGUCUCGGAAGAAAUCUCUGGCCGACAAGUACGAGUAUGUCAUGUAUGGGAAGCUGUACAAGUACGAUGACGACGAGAGCGGCGGUGCCAUCAAGAUCGGCGUCUAUGUUUCUUUCGGAGGCCUGUUGAUGAUGCUCAAGGGGGAUAAGCAGCACCUGGGCAACUUAAAGCUGGACCAGCGCCUGUAUCUCCUGAUGAGAAAGGUGUAGUGUUAGCCAGCUCGAGACACUGACUCAAAUCGAUACUCUACUACUAAGACCAACCUUUGGUGUUCAUAUUUCUUUUGUCCUAGAAGAAGACUGGGAAGUAAUUGUC